AUGAAAAUCAAUAAACAGAUCCAAACACUGAAUAAACUUUGCUCAAAUCUUUUGGAAAAGCUGAAUAAUCCUCGUGACGACAGAGACUCUGAAACCUCAGCUUUGAGACAAAACAAGCCAUCCUUCAAUCCCGCCGACACAAACGCUCUGGUGGCAGCGGUGGGGUUCGGAAAGGGUCUCUCGAAAUGCAGACCACCCGGAUCUGCCCCUCCUGGUCACCCUGGACAGCCGAUGAUGUCAACAGGUCCCACACUACAGCAGGUCACAAUCGCUGGGACCACGGGCCAUCAGGCCGGCAUGGGAGGACAGGUCGCCCAACAGCAGCCUGGACAACCUGGUAAAAUGCCCAGCAACAUCAAGAAUAACAUCAAGUCUGCAUCCAUGCAUCCUUACAACCGAUGAGUUUCGUUCAGAAAUGCUGCGUUUUGUGAUGCGACGUUUGGUAUAUGAAGCCAAAAAGCUCAUUUGUUUUGUGCAUUUUCAAUAAAAUAAUUUGUUGAAA